CUGUCUGUGAUCGUUCAGAAGUUAAUGUGUUUCAAAGUGUCUUUUGUCUUUCUUGUGAUAGGAUGCCGAAUGUUGCUUCUCGGAAUACUACUAGCUCUAAUUUGAAGACUCCAACUUAUUGUAGUACAAGUAGUGGAAAGUUUAAUGUCAGUUCUCCAUCUUCAUAUACUAAACUCUCCAAGAUUCUCAAAAAUUGGCCUUAUUUGCGUCUUAAAGAAGCUGCAAAUGCUGCAAAAGGUUAA